AAAUUUGGCAAACUCGGCAUAGAUUGAAAAUUUAAUAAAACGACGUCGUGUGACCUGAAGCACGAAAUUUCGUGAUCUGAACUAAAAUAAAAAUACUUAAAAAACAGGACAAAAAACGCAGGCCUCUCUCUUCUCUCUCUCUGCCUGUCCGCGAUCUCAAUCAGAAAAAAAGAAAAAGCAGCAAAAAAUCCAUCAGAUCAAAUAGUAAGGGUGAAGAAAAAUGUCAGGAGCAUCAAUGGUAGGAGAUUCAAGCUCCUGGUCCACAGCUCUCGUCAAGAUUUCACCUUACACUUUCUCCGCUGUCGGCAUCGCCAUCGCCAUCGGCGUCUCCGUCCUCGGCGCCGCCUGGGGAAUUUACAUUACUGGGAGUAGUUUGAUCGGUGCCGCUAUCAAAGCUCCUCGAAUCACUUCCAAGAAUCUCAUUAGUGUAAUCUUCUGUGAAGCUGUUGCUAUAUAUGGUGUUAUUGUGGCAAUUAUUUUACAAACAAAGUUAGAGAGUGUUCCAUCAGCACAGAUAUAUGCACCCGAGUCUCUUAGAGCAGGAUAUGCAAUCUUUGCUUCGGGAAUUAUUGUUGGCUUUGCAAACCUUGUUUGCGGAUUGUGCGUUGGAAUUAUUGGAAGCAGCUGUGCACUGUCUGAUGCACAAAAUUCCUCGCUUUUUGUGAAGAUUCUUGUGAUUGAGAUUUUUGGCAGUGCACUUGGACUGUUUGGAGUGAUUGUAGGUAUAAUUAUGUCAGCUCAAGCAACUUGGCCUGCAAAAUCAGUGUAAUUUGAUGCUCCUAGUAAAAAAAAAAAACAAAAUAGCAAUUUGGUGAUGUGAGAAUGCAACCAGUUUUAUGUACCAGAAAUGAAACCUACAUUUUUUUUUUUAUUUGUUAUUAGUAGGCAUGUAUGUAGAAACUUGCUUGGAAA